CCAACUGGAAUAAAAUAUAUUAAACAAAUCAAGAAAAAAUACCAUAUUUCCAAGGAAUAUAUCUCAACGUCAGAUCAACUGAAUAGGUUCGAAAUGCUUGAAUGCUUUAUAUAUCCGGAUAGAGAUGAAUAACUUCAGGAUUACGUUUGGAAAUAAGCAGGCCAGCGCCAGAACCAGAACCCCCUCGGACAUUCGAACGACGCCUUCUCCCGCCACGAAGAUUAUCAAUGAGCCGAAACCAGGACCUGGUGCGCGGUCUCCGUUGACACGCUGAAAGACAGAGAGGUUGAUCACAUCGACCGACCGUUGGCGUGGCUGCCACAGUUCGACGGUCGCAUUCUACGAGGUAGCAACAAAACACGGCCGAUUCCACGAAACCCCAAACCACCCUAUUUCGUUCCACUCCCCGCAGCCGGCCGACAUAUCCUGUCCCUUCGAAGGAUCGAACGAAAAACGCGAUGCUGAGUCACACGCAAAUCCAGUGAAGUUGAGUGCGGCGUCUGCAAUGUUAAAAACAAGCCGGUUGAGGUGAAAGAUGGAUCUUGGCGUGAUUGGUGUGUGUCUUGUGAUUCGAUAGUGAGGACCCAGCCGGCUUUCCGCAGUGUAAACGUCAGGUACUUAACUCUAAACCCCGUUGAAUGAUGCUAGACAGCAAAUCAAAACAUUACCUUCAUUGCUGUCUUUUCGUUUCGUUUAUAUUCUUAUUCGAGAUACUCAGUGGCGGUCUUAAGUUCGACAAGUCGGUGUACGAGAUCAACCCAUGGGUACGCUACGGUUACUUGGGGGCCUCGUUGUUGUACUUCCUGAGGUUUAUAGCGUUCCUGUCGCUGCCCCAGGUCCUGUUCAAUUUUAUAGGACUCACCCUUUACAACGCCUUCCCCGAUAAGGUGAUACUGAAGGGGUCGCCUCUUCUGGCCCCCUUCGUGUGUUUCAGGGUAGUGACUCGAGGGGACUUUCCGCAUUUGGUGAAAACAAACGUGAAUCGAAACAAGAACAAAUGUAUAGACGCCGGCUUGGAGAACUUCCUGAUCCAGGUCGUGACCGACAAACCCAUAGGGCUGGAGCAGGACAAGAGGGUGCAGGAGAUCGUGGUGCCGACUACGUAUCGGACCAAGACUGGUGCACUUUUCAAGGCCAGGGCCCUGCAGUAUUGUCUCGAAGAUGAUGUCAACAUUCUCAACGACACCGACUGGUUGGUGCAUCUGGAUGAGGAGACUAUUCUUACGGAGAAUUCGGUGAGGGGCAUACUUAAUUUUGUUAUGGAUGGUAAGCAUCAGUUUGGACAAGGUUUGAUCACCUACGCCAACGAGGAGGUGGUUAAUUGGAUCACUACGUUGGCCGACACGUUCAGGGUCACCGAUGACAUGGGGAAGCUCAAGUUCCAGUUUAGGAUGUUCCACAAGCCCCUCUUCAGCUGGAAAGGAUCUUUUGUUGUUACUCAGGUUGGAGCAGAAAGAGCAGUGUCCUUCGACAAUGGUAUCGAUGGUUCCAUAGCUGAAGACUGCUUCUUCGCAAUGAGGGCCUACGAAAAAGGCUACAGCUUCAACUUCAUCGAGGGAGAGAUGUGGGAGAAAUCCCCCUUCACCCUCUGGGACUUCAUACAGCAAAGGAAGAGGUGGCUGCAAGGCAUCUUCCUGGUGGUACAUUCCAAGCAGAUUCCUUUCAAGAACAAAAUACUGCUCGCCAUCUCCUGUUAUUCGUGGAUGACGAUGCCGCUUUCACUCUCGAAUCUCGUAUUAGCUUCUAGAUAUCCAAUUCCGUGCAACCCUCUAGUCGACUUUUUCUGCGCUUUCAUAGGAGCAGUCAACAUGUACAUGUUCAUCUUUGGCGUCAUCAAAUCCUUCACCAUCUAUCGCAUAGGUCUGGCUCGGUUCAUGCUCUGUUUGGUGGCGGCAUUCUUCGUCAUACCGUUCAACAUGGUCAUUGAGAAUAUUGCCGUCAUCUGGGGUGUUUUUGGAAGGAAACACGCCUUUUAUGUAGUGAACAAGAACCUCAAACCAGCAGUAGUGAUAUAGAAAAAAUUUCUCGAAAAAACGAAACUUUUAGAUGUGAAUUAUUACCUGUAUAUUAUUUAUUGUGCUGAAACUUGGAAGAGAAGAAAAUCUGUUUUUAAGUGAAAAUCACUGAGCUAGUUAUUGCUAAGACCUAGGUUAAAGUAUAAAGUUGAAGGUAUGAUCUACCCUAAAUUUCCGAAUGAAAACUGAAAGAAAUCCAAUUUAUACCUCAACGCAGAUCUGCAUAUUGCUAGAUUUCUAUCUAUUAUUUGAAGAGGAUGAUAUUCUGGUUAAUUUAUUUGAUAUUCUUAAAUUUUAAGGAGCAAAGACCAAAACUAUUGAAUAUAUAAUCAAAUAUGUAACUAUUUAUCGAUAGACCAAGAUCCUAUUGGAUCUUUUUGAAUGAUAUACUUAAAUUCCUAUUUGUAAUCAAUUAUUUUCUUCAACUUAACACGAAACUAUAUUAAAUUGAAUGGAUUAGCUUUCAUAGUCAACCCUGAAAUGUUCUGUAUAUUCCUCGAAAGAAAAUACUCAAAUCGAUUAUGAUUGAUUUAAUAAUUUAUUAUUAUUCGAAUUAUCAAGAAACAAAAUCAUAUAUAUUAUUAGGGAAUCUUUUUUGUUGAAUAUAUUUAAAAGACUAAUUUUAGAAUUAUUUUCUCAUAAUUCUCAUUUUAAUUCCUUUUAAGUUCAAAUAUUAAAUUCAUUGUUUAAAUAUUUGUGAACAAUGCUCCUACCUUUAUAUCACAGAAAGACAAUUGGGCAUUCAUUGAAGAAACACCUCUCUUUCGAAAGAAUAAAAUAUUUGAAGACAAAAAGUGGAUACGCCAUACAAUUAAAUCGUAACGUAUUUCAAAUGUACAAGUAUGUAAAUACUUUUCGUGUUCCUCUGUAUGCUUUAAUGUAUUUAUUCAUUAAUUCCAAAACACAAUAAAUUCACAUGCCUCAUUUC